CUUUGUCAAAAAAAAAGAAAGCAAAAAUAAGUUAGUGACUUCAGAGCCAAGGAAGUGAACUGACUGGAUCUGUUGUUCAGACUCUGCUCACGCAGUCUGCAGGACAGGAAGUGACGGCAUGUUUGUUUACCAAGAAGGUGUGGUGGUUUAGUUUGCACGAAAAGGUGAACCUUCUGUGUGGGAAUCUGAGUUUGGAUACAAGAUUCAUCUAACACACAGGUCAAAAUGAAGAUUCACUCCGGGUAUUGCUGGCUCAUUUUAGCAUUUCUGUUGACCGGCACAGUAAAGGCAAAGAAUGGUGUUUCCUACAAAGCCAAGCAUGGUGCAACAGACUGCACGCGGAUUAAGGCUCUCUCACCGAAAGCAACCAGUGGGGUUUAUGUAAUCCAACCAAUCAAAAGCAGGAGACCAUUUAAGGUGUUCUGUGAGAUGCGGUCUGAUGGAGGCUGGACGGUGUUUCAGAGGCGCAGUGGAGGAGCAGUGUCCUUCUACAAGGAUUGGGCAGCGUAUAGUAAAGGUUUCGGAAACCUGAGACAGGACCACUGGUUGGGCCUGAGAAAGGUUUACCUUCUGACCAGGACAAAAAACAAGAUGGUCCUAAGAGUCGACCUGUGGGACCACGAGAAUGGAACUGCUCAUGCUGAAUACCAAAACUUUCACAUUGGCAAUGAGAGGAGAAAUUACCAACUGCAUAUUGGGAGAUACAGUGGAAAUGCAGGGGACGCCCUCCGAGACCAGAACAACUACGGCUUCAGCACCACAGACCGAGACAACGAUGGAUGCUCCCCGUGCAUCUUUGGCGACAUUGCUCAAAUGGAGUGUUCAUUCACAUCAGGAGGUGGUUGGUGGUACAGCCGCUGUGGUUCCUCCUGUCUGAAUGGCGACUGGCACCAUGGCGGGGAUCACAUUGGUUGGGCGUCAGGCCUCCACUGGAAUACUUGGAAAACCCGUGCGCCUUACUCCAUGAAGGCUACCAGAAUGAUGUUCAAGUCUGUGUGAGAGGGCCCACAACUUCUUUCAUAAUACUUGCAGCAGCUAAAAUAUUGUUAGAUUUAUUAGACUAGCAACUGUCCAAAAAUAACUAUUUAAUUAGCUUUAAGUUUUAGUCAAAGAUUAUAUGGUUGGUUUCAAAUACAAGUUUCUAUACAUUUUGUGAUAAAAAAUAUCCUUCAUAAUUCUGAUAAUUCUUAAUGACAAGAACAAAGAAAGUUAAAUGUAGGUGAACAUUUUGUGAACAUUUGGUUCUAUGACGUUGUUUCAUGGGGUCAUUAUUUAAAUACUCAAGUAAAAAAUCAUGUAGAAUGAUGUAUGCUCAUAUUUCAAUCGACAGAUCUCUGUGAAAUCAUUCUCUAAAACUUGGUUGUUUAACCCUCCUGUUAUGUUGCACAUCAAAUUGACCCUUUUAAAGUCUAUUUUAGGCAAUAUAUGACUCCCAAACCAGCUACAAGAGGUGUCUCUGGUUCAUUUAUCAACAUCACUUCAUAAAAAAAAAAAGUUAAAAAAAGUAAAAUAAAAUUGACAAAAAAAUGUAUGCCAUGUAAAACUGUUGUAUUAA